AAAACAAAAUUUGGUCAAGAUGCCAUUUUGAUAUUAGGAGAUUGGUCUACCCCAAAUGUCAAGUCUCAAGAGUCUAUCCAAAACAAAAACCUGAUAAGAAUGCUCAAGAGAUAUAAUUUUGUGGUAUAUUUGAUAAAUGAGUUUAGAACGUCCUCUCAUUACCCAACCUGCAAAGGAAUAAGUUGGGAACUUUCAAAUACUCGCUUGUUGAGGUAG